AUGAGAAAUUUACAUAAAUUAGGUGACGUUUAGGGCCUAGCAAAUCUUUUAAGAGUCGACAUUAGAACAGGAAUUAAUAUUAAUAAUGAAAAUGAUAUUGCCUAAAGAAGGUAAUUGUAUGGAUCUAAUAAAAUUGCAGGAACUAAAUAAAUUAAGUUUAACUAAAUUUUGAAAUUUAAUAUUGAAAAAAAUCAUUCUUUGAUAAUUUUUUUAAUUUGCUUUUUUUUUCUUUUUAUGGAAUUUGUUUAAAUUAAAUAUCUCAAAAAUAAAACUGAAAUUGUUUCAAAAAAUUUAGAUUUAAAUGUAUAGAUAGGAACUUUAGUUAUGCUUUUUUUGAGUAUUAUAAUAAAUACAAUCAAAAGAUGGAAAGACGAUCGCGAUUACAAUAAUUUAGUAUUCCAAAACACCGAAUAUAAAGUAAAAGUAGCAAGAAACUCUCUCGUCUAAUAUAUAAAAUCAUCUUCAUUAGUAGUUGGAGAUAUUUUAUUAAUAGAAGCAGGUGAUAUAAUAAAUGUAGAUGGAAUUCUUUUAAAAUCAAAUGAUUUAGUUGUCACGGAAUCCCCUUUAGUAAGUGCAAGAGAAGGUUUAGCAAAAAGUGCACAUGAGAAAGGCUAAAUAUAUAUAGAUUGCUUUAUAUAUUCGGGGUCUUAAAUAAUGAUGGGAUAGGGAGAAAUGCUGGUUUGUAGUGUAGGAUAAAAUACACUUGUAAAUAGAGUUUAAUAAUGUUCAAGUGUUACUAUGCAUAAAAAUUUUUUAAAUGAAAAAUUGAAGGAUAUUGAAGGAAAAAUAAAGGCGACGGGAACAAAGUGUCUAUUUGUAUUUUUUGUAUUUAUUUUGAUAAAAUAUUUAUUUUGGAAAGGACAGAAAUUUUGCUGUUUGAACUAAUAAUUUUGGUUUUUGAUUUAAGAUAUGUUACUUUCAGCUUAAAUGUUAGUUGGGGUUUCAUUUUAUUUAAUGUAGGAAGGCAUAAGUUAGGCUUUUCAUACUUAUAUUUGUAUUGCAAUGUAGUUUUUAUCAUAAAAAGAUAUCAUUAUAAAAGAUAUUUAAGCUUUUUAAUGGUUAGGGUUUGUAGAUUCGAUUGUAACAGAUAAAACUGGAUGUGUCACCAAAAAUAUCAAUUUCGUGGAAAAAAUAUAUGCAAAUGAAUAGGAGUAUUAUAAUACUUAUAGUAGUAUGAAUAAAAUUAGUAUUUAUUCAAAUAGAUCUUUAGAAAUUUUAUGUGAAAAUAUUUGUAUUAAUUCAAGUGAUAUUCUAUAAACUGAUCGAAAUAUGGUUGAUAAAGUUGGAAUUUCUAUAGAAUCAGCUUUACUAGAAUAUGCGUUUAAAUUAGGCUAUGAUUAUGAAAAAUAUAGGGUUUCUUCUAGAAUUAAAAAGGUUUAUCCAUUCAAUUCUAAAUAGAAAAGAAUGAUUACUGUAUAUUUGAAAAAAUAAGGGACUUUAAGGGUAUAUUUCAAAGGCUCACCGGAACUUAUAUUGGAUAAAUGUACGGAGUUUAGGAAUAAAGAAGGAAUUAAUUAAAAACUAACACAGGCUGUUAAAUAAAUCAUUAGGGAAAAAAUAAAUUAGUUUGGAGCUGUCGAGUCUCUAAGAAUAAUCCUUUUUGCUUUUAAAGAUAUCGAGUAUGAUUCUUAGCAUAUUUAUAGUGAAGAAAAGCUUAAUUAAGAUCUUAUUUUUCUAGCUCUUGUGGGUAUUAAAGAUCCUUUUAGACCCGAUAUUCCGGAAGCAAUAAAAAAAUGUAAAAACGCAGGAAUCACUGUUAGGGCUUUGACUGGAGAUAAUAGAGAAACUGCGAUAGCAACAGGAAAGUUAAUUGGACUUUUAAAUUAGAAUACGGAAUAUAAGGAAAAUAAUAUGGCAAUUUUAGAUGGGGAAAAAUUCCAGAAUUCGAUUAGUGGAAUUGGAUAAUAUACUAAUAAAUUUGGAAGAGGAUAAAUUAUGGAAAAAAUAAGAGAUAUUCAUAAUUUUGAAAGACUAAUUAAAGAACUAAGAAUUAUUUCAAGAGGUACUUCAAAAGCUAAGGAUGCUUUAGUUACUGGAUUAAUAUAAUUAAAAUAUAUUGUAGCAGUUACUGGAGAUGAUACAGCUGAUUGUUAAAUUAUGUAAAAAGCUUAAGUAGGUAUAGGAUUAGGUUUAAGUGGAAAUGAAGUUGUUAAAUAAGCAGCUUAUAUAAUAUUAAAAAACGAUUCUUUUUCUUCAAUUAUUCCAUCUAUUUUAUAUGCAAGAAAUAUUUAUUAAUUUCUACGUAAGUAUUUUUAGUUAAUACUAUCUUAAAAUUAUGUAAUAAUAUUUAUACUUUUUAUUACAAUAUUUUUCUAAGGAUAAUUUUAGCCUUUUAAUUGUGCAUAAUUCUUAUUUAUGAGUAUUUUAUUAGAUGAAUUUGCUGCUUUUAUAAUGGCAAGAGAAGAACCUUCUUAAUAAUUAUUAAAAUAACCUCCAAUUUCAACUAAGGAAUAUAUUAUUACUAGUGAUAUGUGGAGAAAUAUUUUCUUUUAAAGCCUUUUUUAGAUUUCUGUUAUAUCCUUUGCACUUUUUAUUGAUAUUAAUUCUUUAUUUAGAAUUUCUAAUACAUUUACUUCUAUUAAUUAGAGUCCUUAGGCUAAAUUUACUAUUUGUUUUAAUAGCUUAGUUUAUUUUUAAUUGUUUAAUAUUCUUUAUUCGGCUAAUGUAAAGAAAUAUAAUAAUGAUAAUUAUGGAAUUUUUUGGAGAAAAUUCAUUAUAUUUUUGUAAAUUUCAGUUCUAUUGGCAGUUUAUUUGAUUAUAUUUUAUAAUUUUGGUAAAUAUUUUGGAUGUAUUUAGCUUAAAUUAGGAGAUCAUGCAUUAUGCUUAUUACUUGGAUUGUCAAAUAUUGGACUUUUCGCUUUUGUUUUUUAAAUUCAUUCUAAGUUUUUUUCGAAAUUUAAUUGUUUGAAAUACACUUUUAGUUUAAAAUGA